AUGUCAUCUGGAACAGUUGUUGUUGAUCUACUACCUUCGAAUAUUUCUCGUGCAUUUGGAAACGAAAUUACGUAUAAUGAAAGUCUGGACAGUGUUUUAAGAUUUAAUCAACGUCUAUUGAGAGAACGUCGUCUUCGACUUCGUUUACCAUUUAUUGAUCAACAAACAAAAAUUGUUCAAGCUCCAAAUGUUAAUUUAUGGAAACAAGAAAGUGAUCGUCUUGUACCAGACAGAUGUGAUCAAAUUACAUGUUAUUCAGGCCUCAGAUGGAAAAAGAAGAAGAGUCUAAAUGGAUUACCAAUGUGGAUGAGCAGUGCAUUGUGUGGGAGCAAUAAAGAUCAAUCAUUGAAUUCUAUGACAGGAGGCACAGAUGGUUUAGUAACACCAUUACAACAACAAUUAGAUGGAGAUCCACGAGUGGUUAUAAAAGCAGGAGAUUUAGGUGUUAUAAAUAUACGUGAAUACUUCAGAAGUAUAUCUGACUCGGACGUUCAUAUCAUAAGUACAAUUGAGAAUCCGGCAGCUGUUGUUCGAUACAUGGAUGAACAAAUGGCAGUUCAAGCUCAUCAACAAUAUUCACAAUCUCCAAGAGGUACCAAUUCAUAUAAUGAUCAUCAAAAUUUUAUGAUUGAUGAUUGUGACGAACCAGAUAUGAUGGAAAUAAAUGAUUAUGGAGAUGAUCUAUCAACAUCACUCAAUCAAUCAAUACAAUCAGCGACAUCCUCUGUCUGUGGUGGCGUACAAUCACCUUUAGCACCUCCAUCGUCGAUUUCACCUGGGUUACAAAUUGUACAGCAUGGAGUGGGAAUUCGACGGCAACGAGGAACAGGAAAUAAGCGUGGAGUUUUAGGUCCUAGACGUGGUUCUAGUAACGGAAUUGGCAGUGGCCGUCGUCAACAGUAUACCAUAGCAGAAUUACCCUUUGUGUGUAAAUUUUGUCCGGCACGGUACAAAACAAAACCUGGUCUACAAUAUCAUUUGGCUAAACAUCGUGAAACAAGUAAACAACAAGGAGGAACAGGAGAUACACCACCAUCAACUCCACACUCAAAUCAAUCCUCUCCAAAUGUUGGUCCAUCGAUUAUGAAACAAAAAUAUUCCACAACACAAGAACAAAUAACGAAUGGAAAUGGAUCCGGUGGAAGUCAGACUGGAGGAUUAUGGAAUCAGAAUAUGCAACAGUCACCAACACAAAAUCCAAAUUCAUCGUCUAAUAAUGGCGGUCAUCAUUCUCCACUUUCAUCUUCGUCGUAUCAUCCAUCUUACAUAAAUCCAUCAGCAUCAAUGCCGUUAACUGUGGCUGCUCUAUCUGGCUCACAUCCGUUACAUCAUCCCGGUCAUCCAUCUUAUCAUCCACAACAAAUGUAUAUGCAGCAACAACAAUACCAACCGCGAGGUUAUGAAAUGCACCCUCAUCACAAUCCACAUCCUGCAAUGCCUCAUCCUUCGAUAAUACAGCAUCAUCAACAUCAUCAACAACAACAACAAAUCAUGACUCGUCUUCCGGCUCCCGAGCCCGUUCCUCUACCAUUUCAACAAUCACAAGAAUUAUCUGGUAAUCAAUGUGAUUUUUGUCUUCGGGAUGAAUAUGAAAAUAAAAAGACUCAUAAAGCGGAGGGAUUAAUCACAUGUAAAGAUUGUUCUCGAAGUGCCCACCCAACAUGUCUAAAUUUUAAUCCAAAUAUGUUAUUAAGUGUUAAAAAGUAUAGUUGGCAAUGCAUGGAAUGUAAAACGUGUUCCAUAUGUGGCAAUUCAGAAAAUGAUUCACAACUCCUAUUUUGUGAUGACUGUGAUCGUGGUUAUCAUUUUUAUUGCCUACAACCACCAAUAUCAAAAGCACCUGACGGUGAUUGGCGAUGUAAACUAUGUAUUAUACAAUUCGGGGAGUUGUAG